AUGAAGCGCUCACGAGAGCCCGAAGAAUUUCUAGACUCCAAUUUCCAGGACGGGGAUACAGAGCUGUUUGAAUUUCGAGACUCAAGCCUACAAACCGCCAAGAUAUCACAACUUGACAUUGCAGUCCAAGACGAAGACGACGACACACCCAUAAUGAAAUGCUCGCUGCCUCCUCACGAAGAACCAAUUACUUUCAGGUCAUAUCAGGAAUUCGAAUCACACUACAGCAUGUUUCACACAAAUCGAUGUCUCGAAUGCCGCAAGAACUUCCCGUCAGAACACUUGCUUGGAGUACACCUUGAGGAAUAUCACGACCCUCUUAUUAGAGUUCGAAGAGACAAGGGUGAACACACUCACAUGUAUCCGAGGAACUUCUUCUUCGGUGUCACCAAGGAAGGUAUUGACGGAAGACGUUCACUCCUGGUCGAAGGUGAUCACCAUCGACGGAGAUCAUCAACAGCCUCAAUAUCUCAGGAAUCACGGCGCAAGGCAGGCAUAGAAGAGCAAGAAGCCGGAUCAAAGCGUGAUGGCAAAAACAACAAACCACGAUCCUCGGAUACUGUCAAGGAAACGUCGUCCAAAGGGCAAAAUGUGGAUGCAGACAUGGCCGAUCUCACGGGGGCCAUGUCCGCGCUACAGUUUGUUCCUCCCAGCGUUCGAUUCGGCCGUGGCGGCCGAGCAGGGUUCUCGAAAUCAUGA